AUGAUUCCUCAAGCAGCAACCUUUCUGGCUUACGCCACGCUUCUCGUGUCCGCCAGCCCUCUCGCCCUUCAACGCAGAGCCGUGACGGAGCUCAACGAGGAGGCCACGAAGGAGGCGCAACCCCGCGACGACACCGCCACGCGAGCCUUUUCCGACGUCCAGAUCAAGACGGCCGACGGGAAGUGUCUGUUCGUCGACAAGCUGUCCGGAGACUUCCGGGCCAACCUCACCCCGAUUCAGGUAGCCGAGUGCGGCGCGACGGACGGCCAAGGUUGGGACGUCAUCACGGCUGGAAAGCACAAUGACCAGCUCAACUCGAUGCUCAUCGUCAGCACCCUGACGCAAGCUUGCUUCAACUUUGACCCCCGUCGCGCGGCGGGUAACCAGGUCAACCUCUUCUCCUGCGGCGGACGCGCAGCAGGCGAGGGCCUCGUCACAGAUUCCCAGCUCUUUGCCGUAGACAGCGGAGCGGGACCCUCAACCUUCCAGCCCAACAAUGAAAAGGGCAAGUGUUUCGCGGUCAAAGGCAAGGUGGUGGACAUUGCGGACUGCAACGCCGAUGACAAGGCCCAGUCCUUUGCCUUUGGCGGCAAGCCUGCGGCAGUUGGCGGAGGGAACGGAGGCGGUAAUGGAGCGGAUAUCGGCGCUCAGCAGCCUGCGCCGACCACGACCGCGGCGGCCGUUGCGACAUCCGCUCCGGCGGUAGCACAGCCCGCCGCAUCUUCAACCUCAGCUGCCGGAAACGGCCAGCAGGGAAACAUCUCCGCCGCCAAUCCCACCACACCCGUCUCCGUCUCUCGCGCCGGUGGCACCCUCAACCCAACUGCCGCAGCCGAGGCCAACGCCUUUGACGCUACGGCCACCCGCGCUUUUACAAAGGUAGCUAUCCAGGCGCCCAACGGGCAGUGUCUCUCGGUUGAUCCUACUGCCGGCGACUUCCGUCAGAAUCUCAUCCCCGUCGCCGUGGCGGCAUGCGACAAGGCUUCGCCCAACCAGCAGUUUGACAUCAUUUCCAAGGGAAAGCACAACGACGGAAAAGACGGGGCGAUGCUGAUUGUGAGCAGCCUAACCAACGGGUGCGUCAGCACUGACGGGCGACGGGCGGACGGGGAUACGGUCACGCUGUUUUCGUGCGGUGGUCGCGCCGCGGGCGAGGGGCUUACGAAUACCGGACAGCUGGUCAAGGUUUUCGGGGACAGCUUUUUGUGGUCGCCUGUGAAUGAUGCGGCUACGUGUGUUGUUCCUGGGACUCAGGGUCGUUUGGUCACGGCGGCUUGUAAGGAGGAUAACAGCGAGACGUACAAGAUUGUUGCUUAG